AUGGUGGUCACCCAGAAUGUGGACGGCUUCCACCAAGCUGCGGGCAGUCGAAAAGUGGUGGAGCUUCAUGGCAGUGAGGUCCACGCCAUUUGUUUGAACAGGGCCUGUGGCAAGCGCCUGGAAAUGGCGCAACUCUUUGACGGCUCCAAGGCCUUCUGGUCACCUGAAGCCAGAGGUUGGGGUCUUCGAUGGCCGGAGGGCGACUCCGACACGGACCUUCAGAAAGCCGUCCGAAGCCAACUCGAAGAAUUGAUUCAGGGAAAGAAGGAUGGCAAGUCCCAAGACUCGUCAAGCUCCAGUGAAUCAACGAGCAGUUCGAGCAGCAGUGUGAGCUCUGGCACACGACAGAAGCGCAGGAAUGCCGCCAAGACCCCAAAGCCUUUGACCGAGCAGGAGAAGGCUGAUGGGCCUCCUGUGGGGCGUGUGCCCAUUUGCCCAAGUUGCCAAACGGGCCUUUUGAAACCCGAUGGAGUUUAUUUCGGUGAGUCGUUGGACAAGCGUGUCUUGAAGCGGGCGCUCCUGCAGAGCAUCAAUUCCAAAGUGGUGAUGAUGGUGGGAACCCGCGGUGAGGUUGACCCUGCGGCCAAGUUGCCCGUCAUCGCAAAGCGCUAG